AGCUCCCUCAAAAUACUCUGCCGCUUCGGCUAGGGUUUUCUAAAGCCCCUCUUCACUCGCUCGCUCGCUCUCUUCUUUUCACUCACUACACACACUCUUUGCUUUCUGCAUAUCAGAUCUAAAUGUCCAUGGAUUCUUAUAACAACUAGAAUUCAUUUUCGAAAUAAAUAAAUCUAAGGCUCAAAGCUUUAGCCUUGUUUGAUAUACAUAGACCACUGAGAGUAUCGAAAAUGGCGACAAUGAACCCAUUUGAUCUUUUGGGCGAUGAUGAUAAUGAUGACCCAAGUCAGCUUCUUGCUGCUCAGCAGCAGAAAGCUCCGGUGGCUUCUGCAGCUCCGGCUACCAAGAAGGGUCCAGCACAAGCUCAGUCGAAUCAGCCGUCUAAGGCUCAGGGUCAGGCUCAGGGUCAAGCCAAGCUUCCUUCCAAGCCCCUUCCCCCAGCUCAGGCUGUAAGGGAAGCAAAGAAUGAAAUUCAACGUGGUGGCGGGCGUGGUGGUGGACGUGGUGAUGGUCGUGGUCGUGGGCGUGGGCGUGGCGGUCGAGGAUUUGACCGAGAUUCUGCUGAUAAUGAAAAUACAGCUGCCGGCAACAAUGGGUACUCUGGAGGGUAUAGAACUUCAGAAGAUGUGGAGGCUGGGAAGACUGGUGAAAGGCGUGGAUAUGGUGGUCCUCGUGGAGGUUUUCGUGGGGGUCGCCGUGGUGGUUUUAGUAAUGGGGAAGCUGCAGAUGGUGAGAGUGGAGAACGCCCUCCUAGGAGGAUAUUUGAUCGCCGUAGUGGUACUGGUCGUGGAAAUGAGAUAAAACGUGAGGGUGCUGGUCGUGGAAAUUGGGGGACCCCAACUGAUGAGAUUGCUCCUGAAACUGAAGAACCGGUCAAUGAGGGUGAGAAGAAUGCUGAUACUGAGAAACAAUCAGGACAGGAAACAGUUGGGGAUGCCAACAAAGAUUCUCAUGUGGACGAGCCAGAAGAGAAAGAGAAGGAACCUGAGGAAAAGGAGAUGACACUGGAGGAGUAUCAGAAGCUACUUGAAGAGAAGAGGAAAAGCUUGCUGGCAUCAAAACCAGAGGAGAGGAAGGUUAACUUGGAUAAAGAAUUUGAAUCCAUGCAAUUGCUGUCUAACAAAAAGAAUGAUGAUGAUGUCUUCAUAAAAUUGGGGUCUGACAAAGAUAAGCGCAGGGAUGCUGGUGAAAAAGCAAAGAAGGCUGUAAGCAUAAAUGAAUUCCUGAAGCCUGCUGAGGGUGAAAAUUAUUAUCGUCCUGGUGGCCGUGGAAGGGGACGUGGCCGUGGUAGGGGAGGAUAUGGAAACAACUCAUACAACGUUGAAGCUCCUUCCAUUGCAGAUGUCGGGCAGUUUCCUUCUUUGGGCGGAAACUAAGGGAGCAGGGCCUGCCUGAGCUUUUAUUCUUCCUAUUCUCAUGAUUUUGGGUGGCUCGCUUUUGGCGGGAUAUUUUCACAAAUGACGUGCUCCUGUACUAAAAUUGUUGAAGAAUUUUACAACCUUUUAAAGAGUGUAAAUUUAGAUGUCUUCCCGGGGUUUAUUCCCUUGGGUCUAGUCCUUUGACCAGCAUGGUUACACUUUUUUUUUUUUUGGCAUAUUUAGGGCACUAGGGUCCAAAUUUUAUAUUUUGAUGAUGGAUCAGUUUUGAUUUGGAGUUAUGGAAACAGUUUUGCUUUUUCCUAGUUGAAGCCUUUAGCUGAUUAUCAGUUUCUGUUC